AUGACAGGACAACAACAAUCACGUCCUGAUAAAGGAAAGGCCGUAGCAAAACCUAAAAGGAAACGACAACCAAAAUAUAUACUAAGGAUUCCUACUUUUGUUGCCUGGACUACACCGGAUGUUGGGCCCUCACAUGCUCUACCCCGUCAUCAUCUUUCCACACCACACCCUCCUAUUCAUCUCACACCAGACCCUGUGGUACAGCCAACACAAGAUCCUACUAGUCUUCCCUCACCUACACAUCUUGGAACACCUAUUGUAGGUUCUUCUAUACCCUCCUCAUCCUCCAUACCGCCAUCUGAUGAUCGUCCCCCACGAUCUGAUGAUCGUCCCCCACCAUCUGAUGAUCUUCCCCCACCAUCUGAUGAUCAUCAUUCAGCUGGUGAUGAUGGUGAUGACCCUGCUCCUACUGAUCGACCGCUGAUUGAACCUUAUGGGAAAGGAGUUGCUUCUCAGGCCAUAAUAAGGUCAAUUAAGCAACAAUUUCUAAAUCCUUGGCCAACAUGGGGAGCAAUAUCAGAUGAUGACAAAAUACCAUUGUGGGAGCGAUUUAAGAUGAAGGUUCAGUGGUUACCUAAACAUGAAGUUCAAAUUCACCGCAAUUUCAACACGAAGGCGUCUCAUAGACUCUCUGAGAUGUUUCGAGAAGCAAGGAUAGAUGGAGAAUGCCCCUACUGGAUUGGGGAGCAAAUCUGGACCUCCUUACUGGAGCAUUGGAAUUCGCCACAGUACCGCGCCAAGUGUGCAAUCGCCCAGAAGAAUCGGGCUUCAGAAAAGGGCGGUGUUCUCCAUACAGGGGAUGAGGCUCCCCUAACCAGAUCAACCAGAUCCACUAGAGGACCCACUAGGAUGAAACAACUAUUGCUCAGGAAACAAAGUGGUGAAAGAACUCCGGUGAAUGUGAAUGUCACCACGGGUGUGGCAACUGGCCGCUAUGCAAAUGACUUUCGAUCAUACCUUGGAGUGGUGGCACGUGAUAAGAUUAGCAUUCUUGUUCCAUCUUUUGAUCAUGUGUCCGAGGUUGAUCGNAACGUUAUUUGGAACGAUAUAUUGGCAGCUGCAUUGGGUCGAGUUGUGCAUGUUGAUGAAGUUUUCCACCAAACUCAUCUUCGCAAGGGAACUGACCAGUUCAUUGAUGAAAGGUCCCACAAGACCCAUGAAGAAUUCUCUGCAAAACUUUCACGGGUCAGAUCCUCACAUUCUUCAUGUCCUCAGUCAACCCAACAACCAGAUGAUGACCAUGACCUUAUUAGGUCACAAUGUUGGAUUGAUGUUGUUGGUGGAAAGAAAAAAGGAAGAAUUUAUGGGGCAGGACAAUUGGCUGCAAAUUACAGUAAAGGUCGUGGUGGUCUAAACCACCAACCUUCUUCUUCCUCCCAACGUCCUAAUGAGACCGUUCAUGAGACGCAGCGGCUUCAAACACGUGAACGAGAAUAUAAUGAACUGAGACAAGAGUUUACCAGUUUUAAAGAACUGGUCAUGAGAUUGCUUCCCGAGUCUGCAGUGCCUCCGACCUCUCAUUCGUAG